AUGGUCGUCCUCGAGCCGCUCAAGGUCAUCAUUGACGAUCUCCCGGAAGACCACCUCGAGCUUCUUGACUGCCCCUUCUCCAAGGACCCAGCCUUCGGCACCCACAACAUCCCCUUCACGAAGACAGUCUACAUCGAGCGCUCCGACUUCCGCACCGUCGACUCACCAGACUACUUCCGUCUCGCCCCAGGCAAAACAGUCGGCCUCCUCAAAGCCCCCUACCCCAUCACGGCAACCUCCUUCGAAACAGACCCUGCCACCGGCGAGGUCACCUGUGUGCACGCCAAAUACGAGAAGCCCGCCGAAGGCGAAGCCCCACCACGAAACCGAAGUCCUUCAUCCACUGGGUCGUCGGAGGAUCCGUCUGCCCACCCGGCUGGUUUCCUCGCCGACAUCAACCCGGACUCGGAGGAGAUCUUCAAGGAUGCUAUGGUCGAGACUGGAUUCCGGGAUAUCUCCCGCUCGGCACCGUGGCCUAAGGAGGAGGGCGUUACGGAGGCUGGUGAGAAUAAGCACUCUAUUCGAUUCCAGGGUAUGCGUGUUGCGUACUUUGCUGUUGAUCGCGAGUCUACUGAUGAGAAGUUGGUUCUUAAUCGCAUUGUUACUCUUAAGGAUACCCAGGGUAAGAAUUAA